AUGCUUGUGCCCCAUACUGCGAAUCCGACAAACGACCUUAACACCCUGAUCGACAAAAUCUACCCGGACAUGCAACGGCACUUCCAACAUCCGUCAUUCUUUUCGGAUCGGGCUAUUCUGUCGCCGCUUAACGUGGAUGUUGCCAGCGUGAACAACCUGGUCCUAGACCGAAUUCCUGGACCGGAACAGGAGUACCGUUCGGUCGAUACAUUGGUCAACCCGGAGGAACACGAGCAUCUGCAACUUCCUUCCGAAUACUUGAACACACUCAAUGUCAGCGGCAUCCCAGUGCAUCGCUUGCGGCUGAAACGAUUUGCACCAGUACUUUUAUUGCGCAAUCUUAAUUCCGACAUGGGAUUGUGUAACGGUACGCGUUUGCAAAUUGUAGACCUAAAGCGAAACUGUUUACACGCUAAAAUUCUGACAGGCACGCGGAGAGGCGAAGACGUCCUGCUUCCACGGAUCUUCUAUGACAGCAACGAUAAGGGUCACCCGUUCCAGAUCCGCCGUAAACAGUUUCCGGUGCAAGUGUGCUUUGCGAUGACCAUCAACAAGUCGCAAGGGCAAUCGCUUCACCAUUUGGGCCUAUAUCUGCCGCAAGAUGUUUUCGCCCAUGGCCAGCUAUACGUUGCACUCUCGCGGGUGACAUCACGAGCGAACAUUGCUGUGCUGAUAACGAACCCGAAACGCGCUGACGAGGAAGGUGUCUCCACAAGCAACAUUGUCUACCAAGAGGUCGUUGACAGGUGA